UUGUUAGACUUUAGAGUGCCCACCUUCCUUCCUAGAAAUUUCUUGGUUCCUUCCUCAACUUCUAAUUUUAUGAUUCCUUUUGAUUAGAAUCCGUUUUUUUUUCUCCAGCUUAAAUACUUUACCUCCGCAACACCUUUCACAGAGGCAAAAUUCAAUUGAAGAUUGUCUUAUAGUUUUGACAUACACGCAGCUUGGCUGGCAAUGGCUUCCACAAGCGCUCAAAUGGCAUCUGAUUCUUCUCCUUUCGACCUUAGAUGGACUCAUGACGUGUUCUUGAGUUUUAGAGGGGAAGACACCCGUUACGAUUUCACUGAUCACUUAUAUAAUGCUUUGGUUGGAAAAGGCAUUAUAACUUUCAGAGAUGAGAAACUUAAGAGAGGAGAAAAAAUUGCGCCAAAGCUUCUAAAUGCUAUUGAAAAAUCAAGAUCUUCCAUUGUUGUUUUCUCAAAAACUUAUGCUGAUUCAAGAUGGUGCCUAGACGAGCUUGCAAAGAUCAUCGAGUGCAGCCGGAAAUAUAGGCAAAUAGUAUUCCCAAUUUUCUACCAUGUGGAUCCAUCGGAUGUACGUAAACAAACAGGGAGGUUUGGAGAAGCAUUCACCAAGUAUGAAGAAAAUUGGAAGAACAAGGUACAAAGUUGGAGGGAGGCCUUGACUGAAGCAGGCAAUCUUUCUGGAUGGCAUGUAAACGAGGGGUAUGAAUCAGAGCAUAUCAAGAAAAUUACUACCACCAUCGCCAAUAGAAUAUUGAAUUGUAAACCCUUGUUUGUUGGGGAUAAUUUAGUUGGAAUGGAUUCCCAUUUUAAAAAAAUAAGUUUGGGAUUGCAUAUGGAGUCAAAUGAUGUUCACAUGGUUGGGAUAUGUGGAAUUGGCGGAAUAGGUAAAACAACCAUUGCUAGAUAUAUAUAUAAUCAAAUUUCUCAGGGAUUUGAAUGUAAUAGCUUCCUUGAAGAUGCCAAAAAGGUUUACAAAAAAAAAGGUCUAGCUCGUUUACAAAAGCUACUUCUUAAUGAUAUCCAAAAGGGAGAAAAUUCAAAGAUAAGCAACAUUCAACAAGGAGCCCAGGUGAUACAAAAUAGUCUUUACCAUCGAAAGGCUCUUAUUGUUUUAGAUGAUGUUGAUGAUGAUAUGGAUAAUUUAGAUUUUUUAGUUGGAAAUCAUGCUUGGUAUGGUGAAGGAAGUAGAAUCAUCAUCACAACUAGAGAUAAACGAUGCCUAACUAUGCUUAAUGUGAAUUACGUAUAUAAUGUUGAAGGACUAGAUUCCAAUGAAGCAUUUGAGCUCUUUAGUCGACAUGCCUUUCGAUCAAAUCUUCCAAAAGAGGAUUUUAGAAUUUUCUUAAAUCCGGUGAUAAAUUAUUGUGAAGGUCUUCCAUUAGCUUUGAAAGUUUUGGGUUCUCUUUUAUGUGGCAAGACAAAAGGUGAAUGGACAAGUGAACUACACAAAUUGGAAAAAGAACCUGAAAUGAAGAUUCAUAAUGUGCUUAAAAUAAGCUUUGAUGGAUUAGACACUACACAACAAAUGAUACUUCUUGACAUUGCUUGUUUUUUUCAAGGUGAAGAUAAAGACUUUGCUUCAAAAAUAUGGGACGGUUAUGAGUUGUAUGGUGAAAUAAAUAUAGGAGUUCUAUUGGAGAGAUGUCUUAUAACUAUCUCAUACAAUAGGCUACGUAUGCAUGGUUUGAUCGAGAAAAUGUGCAAGAAAAUUGUUCGAGAACAACAUGGCAAAGACACUAGCAAAUGGAGCAGAUUAUGGAAUCCGGAUGAUAUCUAUUAUGCGUUUGUAAGUGAAGAGGGGAUGGAAAAUGUUGAAACCAUUUCUCUAGACCUGUCUAGAUCAAAAGAAAAAUGGUUCAACACAAAAAUAGUUGCUCAGAUGAAGAAAGUGUUUCCCAAGAUGAAGAACCUUAGAUUGCUCAAAGUCUAUUAUAGUCUUGGUGAUGCGCAUGAAAUGUCUCUUCCUAAAGACUUUGAAUUUCCUCCUAAUUUAAACUAUCUUCAUUGGGAAGAUUUAGUGUCUUCAUUGCUCAAAGUCUAUUAUAGUCUUGGUGAUGCGCAUGAAAUGUCUCUUCCUAAAGACUUUGAAUUUCCUCCUAAUUUAAACUAUCUUCAUUGGGAAGGUUUAGUGUCUUUGCCUUCAAAUUUUCAUGGAGAGAAGCUUGUUGCAAUCAACUUGAAGUCUAGCAACAUAAAAGAACUUUUGAAAGGGGAGAAGUGUCUUGCAGAAUUGAAGUUCAUUGAUCUAAGUAACUCACAACAGCUCAUCAAAAUACCGAAAUUCUCAAGGAUGCCAAAAUUGGAGAAACUUAAUCUUGAAGGUUGUGUAAGCUUCAGCAGACUUCAUUCAUCUAUUGGUACAUUUUCUGAGAUGAAUUUUUUGACAGAGCUUAAUUUUAGUGAGAGUGGAAUUAGAGAACUCCCAAUCAGCAUUGGGUCCUUGACAUCUCUUGAAACUCUUAAUCUCUCAAAGUGUUCAAAGUUUGAGAAAUUCCCUGAUAUUUUCUUUGUGAAUAUGAGACAUUUAAAGAUGCUUCGGUUAUCUCGUAGUGGUAUUAAAGAACUCCCAACUAGCAUUCAGUGCUUAGAGGCUCUUGAAAGUCUGUGGCUCAGUGGUUGCUCAAAUUUUGAGAAGUUCCCUGAGAUCCAAAAGAAUAUGGAAAAUCUGCGUAUUCUUGAUCUAGAUGAUACUCUUAUUAAAGAAUUAUCUUGCUUGAUAGGUCAUGUUCCCCGACUUGGAUCCUUAAAUUUGGGUAAAUGCAAAAACUUGAGGAGUGUUCCAACCAGCAUUUUACAGUUGGAAUCCCUGCGCGUCUGCUCUCUCAGUCAUUGUUCAAAUCUAGAGAUUUUUCCGGAGAUCAUGGAGGAUAUGGAACAUUCAAAAGGCCUUUCUUUACGUGAAUCAGCUAUAACAGAGCUGCCAUCAUCAAUUAGGUUGGACUUGAGCAAUUGUGAGAACCUUGAGACUCUUCUAAACAGCAUUGGUAUGACGUAUGUUAGUCAUCUUGUUGUUCGUAACUGUCCAAAGCUCCACAAAUUGCCCGACAGUCUGAGAAGCAUGCAGUUAAAACAACUAGAUGUAAGUUGUUGCAAUCUGAUGGCAGGAGCAAUCCCCGAUGAUUUAUGGUGCUUGUUCUCAUUGGUAGAGUUAAAUGUGAGUGGAAACAAUAUUGAUUGCAUACCUGGUGGCAUCAUUCGUCUUUCUCGGUUGCAUACCCUUAUCAUGAAUCACUGCUUGAUGCUUAAAGAAAUUCCAGAGCUUCCAUCAAGUCUAAGACGGAUAGAAGCAUAUGGUUGUCCACUCCUGGAAACUUUAUCAAGUGAUGCAAAGCAUCCACUCUGGUCCUCUCUUCCCAACUGCUUAAAAUCACACAUUCAGGACAUAGACCUCCCAAAGAAGUCAGACUGGAUGCGCAACCGUGUACAUGUUAUUAUUCCAGGAAGUAGAGGAAUACCAGAGUGGAUAAGUCAUAAGAGUAUGAGAGAUGAAAUAACAAUAGAUCUCCCAAAGAAUUGGUAUGAAGAUAACAACUUCUUGGGAUUUGCUUUAUUCUCUCAUUAUCCUCCAGUUGAUGAUGAUCGUGUUUCAUCUGAUGGUCUUCGAUUGUUGAUAUCCGAUGGUGAUCAAUUUGGACACGUGGAGACGAUAAAUUUUAUUCCGUAUUGGAGUCUAGACAUGAAUAGCCUCAGAUUGCCAUUUGCAGAUCCAGCAUUGAUGGUGGUCUAUUUCCCUCAGAUUGCCAUUUCAAGUGAGUAUCGAUCCAAUAGGUGGAACAAGUUUAAGACUAGAUUUUCGGCCCUUCCCUUUCCGUAUCGGGUCUAUAAUGCAGCUUUCAAAGUGAAAAGUUGUGGGAUCCAUCUCAUAUAUGACCAUGGCCAAGAUCACCCUCAACAGAGCCUUCAACUAUUCAAUGUCAAAAGAAGCCAUGAUGAUACAGAGGAUCACCCACAUGUCUAGUUUCCAGCUCCCUCCGCCAAGGCUUUCAGCGAAGCCUUCCUCUCUCUCCCAUCAACUUUGGUUUCGGUCUCUCUUCUCGUCGUUGACGAAUCACAAACCUCACCGGCGCAAUGGGCAAUGAAAUAUUCCUGUUGCCGAAAACGCUGAUCGGUCGGAGAUUAAAGCCCUAGAUCAACCAGAAUCUCACUGAAGAACCCUACAGAGAAAAGAGCAUCCUUGAGACUUCGAAAACAAGUUCGAGGAGACAUUUUGUUUAGAUGUUCUUCCUUAGCUUGAUUGAGCACACGCUGCAAUUGCGGCCUCAUCUUCUGGACCUUCCCCUCAAUGAAGCCGUCAAAAGAGAGUUUGAAAGUCUCUUCUUAGACAAGCCACAAUUGAUGAUUUUGAGCGGAUUCGCCCACAAGAACUGAAUGAACAAAAUAUAGAAGCCUUAGUUUCUGAGAAUAAUCUGGUACUCAAUCAUCCUGUUUCAUCUUUUCUUUCCUUUUCUUAACUUUUAUAUGUCACUUCAGUUGGUAAUUUUCAUUCUGGUGGAACCCUGAUAAACCAUUGAUAAUACCAAAAAGUAUAAUUGAAAUCCUGGGAAACUAUGAAUUAGUUUUUAAUGGUGGCAACAGAGGAGAGACAAUGGGGAAUUUUGUAGACUACAUCUAGGUUUCAGGCAUGAACUGCAGUUCUAUGGGCUUGGUUCUACUUGUCCUGUACUAGAGUGAAGGUUCUAUUUUUUUUUCCAAUUACUGGAUCAAAUAGGACUUAAAUAAGUGAAAUUCGGGUGUGAUAAUGGAAGCAAUAUAGUUAUUUAGUCUUUUCUUUCUUUCACUUCUGGGUCCCUGACAAUGAUAUUCUUUGAUGCAAAAAAUGAAGAUCCUUCCAGUCAAUGAUAUGGAUCUUGCAUUGCACAGUCUUUUCAACAAAUAUGACAAAAUGUCUUUCUAUUCUUGUGUUCAAUAUAAUCUGGAAGAGACACAUGUAAGUACUCCAUAUUAUGUCUUCAAAUUUCUGUGACAAUAUCGCAGACAGUUUAGGUUGGUUUUUAGUUAUACCACAUCUAUAUGGUAUUGAAUUUGUUUUAAUAUAACAAUUGUAAGUAUAUUUAGAUGAUUUUGAGUUGUUUGUGGAUUUAUCUGAUGUAUGUAGAUACUAUGCUUGUGUUCAUGGUUGGUUUUUCUAUUUGGGCAGAGUAAAAUUGCUCAUGAUUCAAGAUUUAAUUCUUAAAGUUGGAGAGUGCUUGGAGGCAAGAAGCUUAUUCUUAUUCUCUUCUUUCCUUUUUUAAUUAUUGUAAGGGUUCAAUAUUUCCUAGAGUUGUCUAAUCGUCUCCUAGGUGACUUCUUUCCCUUUCUGUAGGCAUUAUUAAGUAUAUAUAUAAGCAGUGAUUUUAAAUCUAAAACUUAAUUAUACUAUUUGCCUUUUGAGUAGUUAGGAUUAAGACUUCUUGAGUAAAAAAGGAAUCUCUCUACUGUACUCUUUCUUCCCCACUCUUCCUUCCCCUUUAGGACAUUGCUUUGCAGAAGUAGCAUUUGUUAUCUCACUGACACUUGGUGUGAACCUGCUGCCUGCAUAGCUUGCCUAUAUAGGCAAUAUAUAGAGUGAUUUAUCAUAACAGGAUUUAUCACAACAGGUAGUUUCGUUUUAUAGUGAUUUCAAACACAAUAUAUUUCUGAAUUUUAUUUUACCUGCUUCCUAUUCCCGUUUACUCUUCCUUAUGAGGUAUACACCAUUUGUCUCAACUUAAAACAUGGCCUUCCAUUGAUAUACAAUAGUUUGGUUCAUUGCAGUUGGUCCAUUGAUAUAAAGUGUACCACCUUGCUGUAAAUCGAGGCAACCAUCAAAAUUUUUAGCCAUGUAAAUGAAAAUUUUGUAUAUGCCGUUCUAUUUAUGAUGGAUAAUUGCAUCCUUACACCUUAUUGUUUCAGUUCAUUUAUAACAUAAAACUCGGGUAUGGUCAAUGAACUCACUUCAUGAAUUUUUGGUAAUGCCCAAGCUCAAGCUUGAGUUUUAAGUCAAUUAUAUAGAGACUGAAAAAGAACACUACUGCUUAAACCUUAAAUUUGAGCUAGGAAAAGCGUGAGCUUUAAUUUUUGUUACAUUGUAGACACUCCUAAAACUUGGUAUUCUAUUUCCAAUGAAAAGAGACAAAAAGAGCACUACCAUGCUGGAGCUUACUUUUUCUUAAUAACUGGACUCACACAUAAGCUGCUUUUUUCGCCCUAAAUUCUGUAUAUUUAAUUAUCAUGCAACAAGGCCAGAAAUUACAAAGUAAUUCCAACCAUGGUUGUUUUUCCUUAUUCAUCUUCUCACAUUUUCAUUUUCAACCCAAAAUAGCUAGAGGUGAUUAUCUUUUUUGAUUGCUUUCUCUUAUAUCCAAACGGUAUGAAAAAACUUCUAGGCUUGCAAAUACUUCUCUAAAAUCUAAUUUAUAGUACUAUUGCUGACAUGCUUUUGAACUAUUCUUUCCCCUUCAUUUUCCAAUACUAUAUAUUCUCUCUCUCUCUCUCUCUCUCUCUCUUUUUUUCUUUUUGAUAAGAACAAAAUAACUCCUUCACGAUAUGAGCCAACUGAUGUUCCAUUUUCUUUCAAAAAUGGUUCCCUUAACAGCCAUGCAAAUUUUCUGCAUAAAAUAGACCAUUUUCUUCAAUAUUGAUUAGAAAGGUGAACUCCGGUGAAGUUUACAUGUAAGGUGUGAUCAUAUUAUGAAGUAAUUCUCUUUUAUCUUUAUUUGCUAACUUCUUAUUGGCCUUCACUUUUAACUUCUGUUUAUCUUUUUUUUCUUCUGGAUUACAACCCCAAAAAUCUGCCAACCUGCCUACAAAAGAAAAGAAUUGUUUAGUGGAGCACAUUGUGUGAAGUUCUAUAUUUGCUAAUAAGUUUACUUCUUGUUCUUGUUCUGACUAGGUAAAAAGGGAAAAAGAAAAACAAUUACUGAGGCAUUUUUUUGUGGAGAUUCUGGACAAGUGCCUCACUCUAGAAUGAUUGAUUUGCUUCCUAGCUUCUUGCAAAAUUGCAUUACCUCUUUUGAAGUUGAUGGUAGUUUAUAUCCUGCAACCUUUUAUAGUUAAGGGCGAAGAACUAUAAUUGUUAGUAAUAAAAAGAUAACAUGCAGAAACAGGAAAAUCAGCUCAAACUAGCCCUACUAGCUCAAAUCCCAGUCCUUAGCCCAUUGACUCAUAUGAUAGGCUUACAUAAUGUAUCUACCUGCUACCUCAGACCUCAAUGUUUGUUAUACUAAUGGGGUGCUUGUACUUAGACAAAUGGAGUUGCUACUGUAGAAGCAUGGUGGCUCAGACUGGUCUCAGAAACAACCCAUCUCAGGAUCAAUUACCAAAGAGGAGGAAGAAGCAGUGGAGACCCUGUACACAUUGGUAGGAAUGUUCCCCAAUAGUGAUAAGACGGACAAUAAGGGUGAAUUGGUUGGCGAAUCAUCAGAAUCAAAGCAUUCAACUUUGCCAGAGGCGAGGGAGAGCCCUGGACCCGCAUUAGUUUCAUACUACCAAAGGCAUACUGUCAAAGAUAGUACAAAAAUGAUCUGGUAUUAUGGCCAGGCUUGUCAUCAACAGGGUUGCUUGGGACAGCAAUUCAUGGCCCUUCCUUGCAUUCUUCUAAAACUCAAGCUUGGCUAGAUAAUGCUACUGGCACUACAUGACCUAGUUCAUUUGGAAAUGGUGUCUCAACCGAAAAGGUUUCUAGAGUUACAGUGCAUAAAAAGCAAUCAUGGAAAAGAUGUGCAGCUCAUAUGUUCACAUAAGUCGUCUUAUUUGGGAUUUAAAAAAUUCAGAGAGAAAGGAAAGGAUUUCAAUGCAGCGUAACCAAUUGAGAACAGAUGAAGAAUCAAAGGAAGUAGUUUCUCUGGCAGGCAACAAUCCCAGUGGCCUGAGAAAUGGAUUGAAUGGAGUUGUUUCUGCUAACAGCAUUGGUGGUUCAGCCAUGGAGAAGAAUUCAAUUGAAGCUAGAAAAGGUAUUUUUCUACAGCAGGGGCUCCAUCAAGAUCAGCAGCGGCCUCCUGCAUCUGGGACCUACACUUCUCUUUGUCUAAGUACAGUAGCAACUCCAUUUGACUAAUGCUGGUUCUUUUGGAAAUAAUCUUACUCCAGUUGAUCCCUGUUGUUAUGAAAGGAACAAUAGUCAUGUGGAUACUCGAUUGUAUUUGAUUUUGUUUGGUUGUGUUUCAAGAUAGAAUUGAUUGUAUAAGGGUAGGUGAAUGAGGCAUGUUCUAACUUAAAUGUUUAGUUGAUGUUUUUGACAAGUGAAUACUUGACCAAUACAAAAGGUGUAUAUUGUUUAGAAAGUUGAUGUUGAGUAAAAAUUUGUUUCUAUCAA